AUGUCGCUGCAGGUGAGCCUUGCCUCGCCCGCGAUCCGUACCGCGUAUGAAAAGGUGCUUGAUGGCGCCCAGGACUAUGUAGUACUUUCCUACAAGAAGCUGUCGAACGACCUCGACGUCGCGGCGUCCGCCAAGGGCACGCUCGACGACCUCGUCGAGGAGUUCUCGGACGGGAAGAUCCAGUAUGCGUUUACGCGCGUCACCGACCCCAACACGCAGCUGCCCAAGUUUGUGCUGAUCAACUGGUGCGGCGAGGGCGUCCCAGAGAACCGCAAGGGGCUCUUUGCGUCGCACAGCGCGAGCGUCGCCGACUACUUCAAGGCGUACCACGUGAGCAUCAACGCACGGGCCGAGGAGGACCUCGUUCCGCAGGCGAUCAUGCGCAAGGUCACCGACAGCAGCGGCAGCAAGUACGGCGCCGCUAGCUCGGUGAGCGGAGGCAAGAUCGAGCCGGUGGGGACCAACUACAAGCCGGUCGGCACACCCGACAUCCGGGGUAUGCAGGCCAAGGCACCCAAGGACACGAUCCAGCCGACCGGCACGACGUACACGCCGGCACGCGAGGAGAUCAAGCAGCUGCGCGAGGGCAAGCUUGGCAAGGAGAGCGCGCCGCCGCCGGCUCCGCGCCCGGCUCCGCCGCCGGCCAAGGCGCCGCAGCCAAAGGGCGCCGCAGCCCCACCGCGCGCACCGGAUGCACGCGCCGCGGACCCGGUGCCGGACGUGCGUGCCUCGGACCCAGUGCCGGAUAAGACACCGUCCAAGCCGACGGACGACGACAAAAUCCAGCCGGUCGGCACGGCGUACACGCCAGUCUCGGUCGGACGCCCGGGCAAGCUGUCGGCAGACCGCACCAAGCUCUUUUCGCAGACGCAGGCGAAGGAGACGCCGCCGCCGAGCCGCGGCGGUCGUGUCGCGUCGGGCGGCCUCUCCUGGAGCCAGCGCCAGGAGGCGGCCAGGAAGGAGCAGCAGGCCGAACAGGCCGAGGAGGAGCGGCAGGCGCCGCCGGCCGCGCCUCGUGCGCCGCCCGCGCCGCCCGCUCCGCCCGCACCGCCCGCACCGCCGGCGCCUCCGGCGCCCGAGGCCCCUGAAGCGCCAUCCGCCGCGUCGAUCACGUCGCAGAUGGCCAAGACCAACUUGGACGGACAGCGUGCGACCGUGCUCUACGACUACGAGGCGGCCGAGGACAACGAGCUGACGCUCCGUGAAGGCGAUAUCCUUACGCAGGUCGACCAGGUCGACGACGGCUGGUGGUCGGCGACGGCCGCCGACGGCAGUGUCGGCCUCUUUCCUUCGAACUAUGUGGAGCUGCUGGAGGAGGAGGAGAAGGAGGCAGCUGCCGCUCCCGAGGCACCGCCUGCGCCCCGUGCGCCGCCGGCUCCCGAGGCACCUCCUGCGCCGCCUGCUCCCCCGGCGCCGCCUGCUCCGGCACCCGAGGCACCUCCUGCACCGCACCUCCUGCGCCGCCUGCUCCCCCGGCACCCCCGGCUCCUCCUGCUCCCGAGGCCCCCCCUGCGCCGCCUGCCCCCCGGCGCCCCCGGCACCUGCGCCUGA